UGUUCAUCCACACCCUUACUUGUACAAUAGAUACUCAGACUAGGCCUAGUAGAUGCAAGUGCGCGUGAAAGCUAAGCACCUCUGUAGUCGCCUUAUUCUGUAACAGCAUUGUCAUUUGAUCCUCGAUUUGCUUCCGUCCCUGUUCUCCAUCUUCCAAUUGUUUGUCAACUUGUAAUAAUGCCCCGACCCAAUCAGACAGUCUCAACCGCCUCGAAUGCUCAAGCACAACAAGAUGGCGUUAUGGUGAGCGAGGGGAUCGAGAACUAUGAGCUUCCCAAAACCAUCGUGACACGCAUCGCAAAGAGUCCUCUGGCGAACAACGCGAAGUUCAAUAAAGACACUAUUACUGCAGCGACGAGAGGAGCGACCGUGUUUAUCAAUUAUCUCACAGACGUUCUGAAGGCAGUGGAGCUCAUAGAGAUGCCAGAUAUGGUGCCAAUUCUACAGCGCGAGUUGGAAGUUUUUCGGCGUGAGCAGAAGAGUGCGACCGCUAAGGGAAAGGGGAGGGCUUCUCAAGGAAGUGCAGUGAACACUGCAAAUGGACAUGCGGAUGGACUACCUUCUGUGACAGACUCAAUGCCAGAAGGCUAUCAUCCAACUCCGCCCGGUGGAGUGGUUGAAUUUCCCAAAGCCAACGAUACAGAAGGCCAAGAAGAGAUAAACGGGACGGGCUCUGGGGGUCCAUCUGACGGUGUCGAAACACACGAUCAGGAUGGGGUUAACGUGGACAGUGGUCCUAUGGAACAGGACGAGCAGUAGUCGAACGUGGCCUGAAGCAAGAUGUGAGAGGUUGAUGUUUCUUAGUGCAUAUACUUCUUAUCAACUCGGGAGAGGAAAGGCUACAGAGAUGAAGGCUGUUGGGGGUGUGGAUUCCGCGUGUCGUUAGCACCACAUGUGAUGAACGUGACCUUUGCGCGGCCACCAUUCCGGGCGGUAAGGACCGACGCUCCACACGGGUCUGUCGCUGCAGGGAGAGAUCUGGACGGCGCUGGGAGACGCCGAG